ACACCCACACACCCACACACCUCAUAACGUAUGAUGCUUGAAUCCAUCCGUGUCACUGAAAAACUUCACUGGCCGCAGCGAGAGUUCUCCCGAAAGACUGUCUUGAGUCCGGAAGAACACAAAUUCAUUCUUAAGAAUGAAAGCAGCAGCAUUCAGCACCUCGCCAAGUCGGGGAUCCUUAAGGACACAUUCACCACAGGGACGAGUAGCUACAAUGUCCUCCUGCAAAGCAAAGAGGAAAAAAAGCACCACAAAAGGCUCCGGAAAUCCACGAAACCCGCGAAUGCUUUGCGAAGCAGUGAGCGCCACAAGUUCAAGGCCCCGCUGCCUUGGAUCAGAAAUGGGUGGUGCUGCCUCAACCGGCAGCCCUCCCUCUUUAUAGCCAGCCCAGUGCCCAGCAGGGUCAGGUUGACGCGCAGUAUUUCUGUGGCCGGGAGCAGCAUAGCGUUGCCAACUCAAGCCAGAGCCAAGGCGAAAAGGCACUCCUUCUCCAGCCUGGCCAAGCCAAAACAGCUGCCGACGUCCAAGAGCUAUUUGAAAGAAGGGGACGCCGCUGGGCGAAAGCUCUGCAUCCUCACCGCCAUCAAACCUUCCAACGUGGAGCGGGAGAAGAUGAAGUUCUUCAAGUCUGAUUUUACCUACAAUCCGCAGUUUGAAUAUGCGAGUUCGGCCCUGUCCAAUGUGUUAGCAAAGCACAGCCACGCGUCCAACACCUUUCUUAAGCAGGCCAUCAAAAUCAUGGAACUGACCUUGCAGAAAUAUGGAAGCUACGAAAGUUUUGAGCAGGCCACUGGAGGAAGCCUGCUGCCCAGAAGCCGCAUCUGGAAUCAUGUCAGGAAAUACAUGGCGAAGGAAGGCUGCCUAGGCGAGAUUGUGGUUCAUCUCUCGGAAGACUUGCUUUCUCGGGCCUCAAUGACAGUGGUGAAUGGCCGUCCGACUCUUACUAUCAAUAUUUCCACUGCCCGUGAACACUGGCUAGAAGGCAUGCUGAGGCAUGAAAUAGGAACUCAUUAUCUUAGGGGCAUUAACAACAACAGCCAGCUUUGGAGCAACUGCAGUGGGCGUAGAAAGCAUGGCUUGAAGCCCAUUAACCCCACUGAGGAAGGCCUGGCGAGUAUCCACAGCGUUCUGUUCCGAAAGGAUCCCUUCCUGUGGAGGGCUGCCCUUCUCUAUUACACUGUCUAUCAAGCCAGCCAGAUGUCCUUCAGACAGCUCUUUGAGGACAUUGGGAGAUUUGUCAGGGACCCCAAUACUAGGUGGGAUUAUUGUGUUCGAGCCAAGAGAGGCUGGGCCGAUACUUCCCAACCAGGCUGCUUCAGUAAAGAUCAGGUCUAUCUGGAUGGCAUCCUCCGUAUUCUGAGAUACCGACAUUCCAUUGAUUUCUAUUUACUGACAGCUCUAGGAAAGGUCUCCUAUGAGGAUGUGGAUCGCCUGAAGGAUUUAGGGAUGACUGAGAACAUGAAGAUCCCACACUUUUUGCAAGACUACACUCGGUAUAUGGAGCACCUGGAAAAGAUCAUGGAAGUCAAUGAGCUUUCUGACAUUGAGCUCCAGGCUCUGUUACCCUAGGCCAUCCACUCUUGACUGCUUCAUUUACACAGCAGAGGAACACAG